GCUAGCGCAGAGAGCUGGCUGCACGUACCCGGGCAUCCCUCCGGGUAAUGGCUGCGGAGCUGUGCGAGUCACCUGGCUCCGCUCCCUCGCGGCCAUUCACUGCUUCUCCAAAAGCUUCUUUGCAGAACUGGUUUAUCUUCAGGAGUUUCGCAGCCUGAUUAGUCACAGAUCUAAAUCACUGAUGCCUCGGACGGGCCUACAGUUCUCAGUGAAGGUUUAUGAGUUUGAUAGCAAGUUCAAGUGCCAAAUUUUGUCUUAAGUAACUUUAGGACAAGUCUAAUGUGUAUAUCUAUAUAGCAUAGUAGGCUAAAUAUCAUCUGGUAGAGAUAGGAGGCUGUGCCAAAUGUAAGUGCUGUAACUUUUCAUAGCUGAGAAAAAUAAUGAGAGAAAAGGGCUGGGGCAAGAAGCCAAGGCUGUAUUUCCCCCCCUUGUUUUCUUUUAAUAGAUGUAUUGAUUUGACUAUAAAGUGCAUUUAGGAGCAGGGUUUUGUUACUUUGAUUUGAUAAUAAACAGUGAGCCUUAAUCUGCUUUCAGAGCUGUAUGUAUAUUAAAAAAGGAAUAGCACAGAAACCAAAGGGAGUUAGAAGAAAAAUCAUGGCACUUUGGGACAUGCUUUAAUGGCCAUGGAGGUGCUAGGUCAGUGGUUGGACUUGAUGAUCUUAGAGGUCUUUUCCAACUGAAACAAUUCUGUGAUUCUGUGUGAUUUGAGGGACUUGCUGUAACUAAUGCUGGGCUUGUUUAGUCCGGGGACAGCGGUAUGUAGCUGUUACACACAUAGCCACUCUGUAGCUGACUAUCAGUCUGGGAUCAAGAUGCACUCGAUAAAGCCUUUAAAGGGAUUUUAAAAGAGAAAAUUUCAUGCCAUAAACUAAGGUGACAGCUUAUGUGACUUUAUUAAGAAGUUUUACAGUUAUUUAUAUUGACAUGCAGUUGAUUGUAAUUUUGUAAUCAGUGAAGUGAGACUUAAUACUUGUCAUUGGUGUUUUUUCCUCUUCUUCCUCUUGCCAUUGUUUCCUGGAGUAAUGAAGAUCGUGAUCUGAGUUGUCCAGUGCCGUGUGAAUUUUAAGAGGAAAACUAGGCUUCAUCACGCCACAAAAUUCCUCUGGUGAUCCCUGCGCACUUGAGCCAGAACUAUGGGAUUGUUUGACAAGCUAGCAGGAUGGCUUGGGCUGAAGAAAAAGGAGGUUCAUGUUUUGUGCCUUGGCUUAGACAAUAGCGGCAAAACAACGAUCAUAAAUAAACUUAAACCUUCAAAUGCUCAAACUCAGGACAUCGUUCCAACAAUAGGAUUCAGUAUAGAGAAAUUCAAGACAUCAAGUUUGUCUUUCACAGUGUUUGAUAUGUCAGGUCAAGGGAGAUACAGAAACCUCUGGGAACAUUAUUACAAAGAAGGCCAAGCCAUUAUUUUUGUCAUUGAUAGCAGUGACAAAUUAAGAAUGGUUGUAGCCAAAGAAGAACUUGACACCCUUCUGAAUCAUCCAGAUAUUAAGCACCGACGACUGCCUAUUCUCUUCUUUGCUAACAAGAUGGACCUCAGGGAUGCAAUAUCAUCUGUGAAAGUAUCGCAGUUGCUGUCGUUAGAAAACAUCAAAGACAAACCCUGGCAUAUCUGUGCUAGUGAUGCUCUUAAAGGAGAAGGAUUACAAGAAGGUGUGGAUUGGCUCCAAGAUGUUGUCAGUAGCUGUACAAGUCCCCUGGAAAAGAAGACUUAAGGAAAAUGAACAGUUCAGCUAAAAUAUACUGGGGUGACUUGUUUCCUUUUAGUAUCUCUUCCAGGAAAACUGAAUGUAGACAAGAUGCACCUCAGGUAUGCACAUCGAUGAAUUAAAUUGAAUCUUCUAACUGGACAGCAUAUUUUUGUUUAAAAAGAUUUGUGUUAACAGUAACCAUCUGCAUUCAGUUGCAUUUUAGAUGAGAAUUAGCCACCAGAAAAUGCCUCUCUGGGUUUUUGGGGGACAUCUUUUGACCAAAUGGGAGUAUUUAUUUUGCUGAGACAGAAUAAUCAGCACUUCCUGAAAUACAGCCACAUGAUAUACCCAAAAGAGGGCACCUCAAGUCAGCAGGUGUCUCUGCAGGGGCUUAUUCUAAAAUUUGGUGGUUUAGGUUUUUUUAAUCACCAUCUGCAAAAGGCUUCUAGAGCCAUAUUCUGAUGUCAGCUGCAAGGGUUCAUAUGUUCGGUGUACUUGUGGAUGAUUGCAGAUGUUUGUAAGGAACUGCUUCUACUGAACUGUUACGAGUUGCUCUGGUGAUAUGCCAUGCUUAUACUGGCGUUCCCUUCAUAAAAUAUCAAAUAGAAAACAUUUCUUGCUUUGCUUUUAACUGAAAUAUGUUCAGUGAUGGUCUUAAAGCUAGAGACUGUUUUUUCUGUUAGCUUCAUUUGAAGUUUCUCCAUUUUCCAGUGGAAAUAGCACUGUAUCCUGUAAUAAAAUGGUGUCUCUUUGCCAAGCAUU